AUGGCAAACCCGCACAACUAUGUCCUCGAGCCCGCCGCGCAGGCCUUCUGCGAAGCAACCUCCAAGCCGCCCUUCCUCUUCGAGCUUCCUCCUGCAGAGGGUCGCGCAGCCGUCGAGAAAGUCCAGGACGACCCCAUCUCCAAGCCCGAGGUGGACGAGGAGUGGAUCGAGGUUGACUCCCCGAAGACCAAGGGCAAGAUCAAGGUCCGCAUUCUCAAGCCGAAGGGGGCGCAGGGCACCCUGCCCGUCGUCUUUUACACGCACGGCGCGGGAUGGGUCUUCGGUUCUGCCCACACGCACGACAGGCUUGCGGGCGACCUCUGCGUCGGCACCGGUUACGCCGUCGUGUUCCCCGAGUACACGCUUGCGCCCGAUGCGCACUACCCAGUGCAGAACGAGCAGAGCUACGCUGCCGCGGUCUGGGUCGUGAAGAACGGCAAAGAGAAGGGCCUCGACGGGUCCCGCAUGGUGAUCUCAGGCGACAGUGUUGGCGGAAACAUGGCGAUCGUGCUCAACAUCAUGGCCGCUGAGCGCAACGACGGCGUGCAGUUCAAGGCCGCCGCGCUCUUCUACCCCGUCACGGACGCCAACUUUGAGACGGGCUCUUACAACGAGUUUGCCAAGGGAUACUUCCUCGCCAAGGACGGCAUGAAGUGGUUCUGGGACCAGUACAUCCCCCCCGGCAACGAGAGCCAGCGCAAGGAGCCGACCGCGAGCCCGCUGCAGGCGUCUGAGGCGCAGCUCAAGAAGUUCCCGCCCACCCUCGUUAUCACCGCCGAGUGUGACGUGCUCCGCGACCAGGGCGAGGCCUUUGCGGGCAAGCUCCGUGGCGCGGGCGUCGAGGUCACCGCCGUGAGGUACGGAGGCAUCAUCCACGACUUUGUCAUGGUCAACUCGAUGCACGACACGAAUGCCGCCAAGAGUGCCGUCAGGCAGGCGGUCGUGUUCAUCAAGGACGUUAUUGGCGGUGACGACAAGAAGAAGCAGUAG